AUGUUUCUUCUUGUUUCGACCCUUUUUCCGAAGAAGAAGACGUCGCCGGAGGAGGACUACUGCGGGUUUGCACAACAGCGCCCGCCUCCGCCCCCAGUAAUGCCCAACGGAGGAGAAGACAACGACAACGCAAACAGAAAGCCAAACGAAACGGACGAAAAUAGGAUAAUAGAUACCACCAAUUGUUGUAUCAAUCUAAACAUAUAA